GUUUUAACUGGUUUAGUCAGUUUCAACUGCCGUUAGAAAUCAAGACCGUCAUACCGCCACAUUGUCUUGUGAAUGUGGUUUUGUUGUUGCUCUCCAACGAUUUGGGGGAUCCAGUUCAUCAUACAUCACUUUAUGUGAUCCAUAGAUCGCUCUCUCGUAUUCGACACAAAAACUCGUUAGUAAACUAUGGCAAAGGCACUUCAAGUUUUAAGAUCAAUUGGCCUUCAGACAAAAGAUUUCUUUAGGCUGAGUUUUAAUUUGCAGAGAAGCAGUUAUGGGUACAGAAAGUUACACAUGUCUUCGUGGAUUCAAUCUGAACACGGAUCUCGCAUUCCUUCAGCACACAUUGACGGCAAAAAUAAAUGGCUGAAUCUUAAGUGGGACGGAGAACAGUCCAAGAAUUACCCUUAUGUUUGGCUUAGAGAUAACUGCAGAUGCAGAGAGUGCUACCAUGAAAUAGCAUCGCAGAAGCUUUUCCAAUUCAACGACUUAGAUAUUGAUGUUGAAGCAAACGACAUACAUUUUACUGAUGACGGCACUGCUGUUAUCCAUUUUUCUGAUGGACAUAAAGGAAAAUACCCGUUAUCAUUUCUUGAAGGGGAAAAAUUUCCCGCUUUCUCAGAUCCUUUACGUCAGUUAAACAAAGAGUUGUGGGGGAGUGAGUUACAGGGAGCAAUACCUACAUUUCAGUUUUCUGAUGUAAUGACGGAUGAUGACGUGUUGUUGGGAUGGUUGACUGUGUUGCACACUAAGGGGAUCGCAAUCCUACAAAAUGCUGGUACUAUCCCGACCGAAGUUAAAAAGAUCGGCGAUCGAGUGGCGUACUUGAGAGCAACUUACUAUGGAGAAACGUUUCAAGUGAUGAGCAAGAAUGAUCCCAACAGCAUCACCUACACAGACACAGCUAUAGACUUCCACACCGAUAUCUGUGCUAUGUACAAUCAGCCUGGUAUGCAGAUGCUUCAUUGCAUUAAGCAGUCGACGGAAGGUGGCGAAAACCAACUUGUUGAUACAUACAAAGUCGUAGAAGACUUGAAGAAAGAGGAACCAGAGGUGCACAGCAUUCUGAGCAGUACUCUGUUUGAAUUUACGGAUAUCGGUACAGAUAUCUUGAACGAUUUUCACUUUAGAAGCUCCAAGCCAGCUAUUAGCUACGGAUUCGAAGGGAACAUCAACCAAGUGAGCAUUCAUUUUUCACGUCAUCACAGUAUGAAUGUACCUCCUGAACAAGUUUAUCCAGUGUACAGCGCCCUCAAGGUUUUAUCUCGCUACCUAUAUCACGAGGAAAACAUUGUAAGACAUCGACUCUCUCCAGGAGAGAUUCUCUGCAUGGACAACAGACGAUUGGCUCACGCGCGCACGAAAUACUAUAUUGAUCCAACCAUUAAAGGUGUACAGCGUCAACUAGCAGGAGGAUACAUGGACUGGGAUGAACUGAGCUCAUUCUAUCGUGUUUUGCUUGAAAAGAAGAAGAAAAACGAGAAUUCUAACUAGAAUGUAUUUAUUUAGUUUUCCAUGUUUAUGGUUAAUUUGCAUAAUCUUUUUCAACAGUCUUGUUUGUAUAUUCUUCAAAAAUUCCAAAAGUUAAGGCUUUUUUAUUAAUUCGUUACAUAUGUGUUUUGUUUGUGAAGAUGAAUAUAAUCUUUGUCAUUGUUCAUUUAUAGGGAAAAGUCAAUACUAUGAGUUCAAUUUCAUUGCAAUUUAGGCUUACUAUUACUAUGGAUUGCAUAUUGCAUGCAUAUCUACUCAUCAGUAAAUGUUUUAUUAUUUUUAUUAUAAUUUUUUGGUGUAAUUUUUUCUGAAUUGGAGGGCCCAUAUUCUCUUCAGUAAGAUAAUUUAUUCAUGGGAUUAGGUUGGAAAAUCCACAGACUAAUAGUGCAGUGUAGUACUAGUAGGCCAUUGAAUUAUUUUCAUUUAUUUCUGUGAUUACUGCCUAAUCCCUCCCGCUAAAAUAAGACUAACUAGGCCAACCCCGAUUUUACGAGGUCGGUGAAAUUAUGCAUGAAGUCAACAUACGAAACCACGCCCCUCGGCUGAACCCGUUGUAUUUAGCAACUACAGUACCUGUACCUUUGGCUACGUUCAGACCUGCGAGAUACGCCAGGCGUAUCUAACGCCGGGCGUACGUUAAUCCAUGGCGUAACUAGCGA